AUGGAGAACCAGCAAUUGACUCCAGAGCCUUCUCCCCACCUCUUGCAAUUGGACUUUACCCUCAGCGACAACUUGCCUGUCCUCCCAUCGGAUUGGGACUUUCUUCCUCAGCCAUCUACGACCCCGUUUCCUCUCUUGGACCGUCUUCCCCCAGAACUGUUUCACAUCAUCAUUUCUCAGCUUGACCUCGCCUCUCUACAUGCCCUCCGGCGAACCAAUAGACGAGCUGCCGAGCUGCUCUACUCCCAUUCCGAGUACAACACUCUCAUCACCCAUGCUUGGGAUGCAGUCCGCGGCGCUCUGUGCAUCGAUACAGCCAAGGCUAUCACCUGCAAGCAAUUGCACGAGAAGCUCUGUACCGAAAAAUGCGACGGCUGUGGUGAUUUCGGCGGCUAUCUUUACCUACUCACCUGCAAGCGAGUGUGCUUUGUCUGCUUCUCUGAAAAGAAACGCUACUUUCCUGUGCCGCCAAACCUCGCAUGUCGCAAGUAUUGGGUCGCCAGCGAGAUUAUCGACAUGCUGCCUCACAUGAAAGCAAUGCCCGGCAAAUACUCACCAGCCCGUGUCGCCAGUGUCGAGUCUGUAUUUGUAGACUCUGAAAGCGCCCUCAAUGCCGGUCUCGAAAUUCACGGUUCAUCCGAUGCCAUGACCGAAACUGUCAUAGAGAAGGAGAUGGAAAGGAUCAACGAAUAUUCUCGAAGGCGAUACGAGGCGGCAUUCUCUGAGGACGAUCCCAAGCCUUUCGUUGACCCUCCUGAAGUCUUUCUCUCUCGAUGCGAUGAAAGAGUGAACAAUCCGCACCGCUUUUUGGCCAUCGUUCAGGUGCCGUGGUUCAACAAGUCGAAGCAGUUGACGGAACAAGGCUUCCACUGCAUCGGGUGUGAGGACCUGGAAAGGAUGCCUUUUCACCACCGACGAAGAUUCACAGCGACCUCAUUCAAGGAGCAUUUGGAAGAAUGUGGCGAGAUCAAGCAGGGAAAACAUGCCAAAUUCGGGUCUGAAGAUGAUCAAGAUGAAGACCAAGUCGAGGAUCCAGACAACGAGGAUCCGCGAAUGCGUAACCUGGGCCAACUUGAGAUGAUGGCACUGUUUAGGUUAUGGUUCUGA